AUGGAUAUCGACAUGAGCCGCCGCAACACCCACCCGAGGACUCUCUCGGACGACGAGCGGGCCGUCUUGGAAGAAUACAUUGAUUCCAUCCACUACUCGGCACGAUACUCUGACAGCGAGUAUGAGUACCGCCACGUCCAGCUGCCCAAAGCCAUGCUUAAGGCCAUUCCCAAGGCAUAUCACGACUCUCAAAAUGGCACGCUGAAGCUUCUUUGGGAGGAGGAGUGGCGCGCGCUUGGCAUCACGCAGAGUCUGGGCUGGGAGCAUUAUGAGGUCCACGAGCCGGAGCCGCAUAUUCUGCUGUUCAAGCGCCCUCUCAACUACCAACCCCCGCAGUGA